AAGAGGGAGCGGGAGCGGGCGGAGGGACGGACGAGCGGGCGGGGGGGACACCCGGCCAUGCGGGGCCGGCGGCCGCGGCGCGGGUGAGGCGGGCGGCGCUCCAUGGCCGGCGGCUCGGGGUGAGGCAGGCGCGGGCAUGGCGGGCGUGAGCUACUCGCCGCCCUGGUGGGUGAGCCUGCUGCACCGCCUGCCGCACCUCAGCCUGCGCUGGGAGCUCACCGCCGCCGACUUCCGACCGCACGACGCCGAGUACCAGCAGGCCCUGCUGCUGCUGGGGGGCAUCGCUCUCUCCUGCCUGGCUCUGGACCUGCUCUUCCUCCUCUUCUACUCCUUCUGGCUGUGCUGCCGCCACCGCAAGAGCGAGGAGCACCUCAAUGCUGACUGCUGCUGCACGGCCUGGUGCGUCAUCAUCGCCACCCUCGUCUGCAGUGCUGGAAUUGCUGUGGGCUUCUACGGGAAUGGGGAGACCAGCGACGGCAUCCACCGGCUGACGUACUCGCUGCGCCACGCCAACCGCACCGUGGCCGGUGUCCAGGACCGGGUACUGGACACUGCAGUGGCCCUGAACCAAACAGUGGAACCAAAUUUGCUUGUCCUAGAGGAGAUGUUCAAGAAGCAGACAGACUACCUGCAUAUUGUCCAGAAACUGCAAAGUCUCUUGGAUGAUCUGGUCAGGCAAACAACUGAGAUCCCCUUUUGGAAGAAUGAUGAGCUGUCUCUGGAGGAGCUGGCAAUCCAGAUUGACCUCUAUGACUGGUACAGGUGGCUGGGAUACCUGGGCCUGCUCCUCUUUAAUGUCCUGAUAUGUUUGCUGGUGCUCUUUGGGCUCAUCAGAAACUCCAGGGCCAUUCUUAUGGGGGUGUGCUUGCUUGGGGUGUUUGCCCUGAUUGUCAGCUGGGGAUCCCUGGGCCUGGAGCUGGCUGUCGCUGUGGGCUCCAGUGACUUCUGUAUCAACCCCGAUGCUUAUGUCUCCAAAGUGGUUGAAGAGAAUGCAGUGCUCAGUGCUGAGACUCUCCGUUAUUACAUGACCUGUAGUGCUGGGUACCCCAACCCUUUCCAGCAGAAGCUGUCAGGAAGUCACAAGGCUUUGGUAGAAAUGCAGGAUGAUGUGUCGGAACUCAUGAGGUCAGCGAGCAAGGAGCACCCCACCUCCAAGGAGUAUCUUACUCGGAUCCAGGAGGUUUUGAAUUCAACAGAGAUCAACUUGCAGCAGCUGACAGCUUUAGUAGACUGUCGGAGUCUGCAUUUGGAUUACAUCCAGGCUCUGACAGGCUUCUGCUAUGAUGGAGUGGAAGGCCUCAUCUACCUGGUUCUCUUCUCCUUUGUCACAGCCCUCAUGUUCAGUUCCAUUGUCUGCAGUGUGCCACACACUUGGCAGCAAAAGAGAGGCUCAGAUGAUGAUGGGGAAGAAGAAUCAGCUGCCCAAGGGAGUAGACAGACACACGAUAAUCUGUACAGAGUGCACAUGCCCAGCCUGUACAGCUGUGGCAGUAGUUAUGGCAGUGAGACCAGCAUCCCAGCAGCAGCACACACAGUCAGCAAUGCUCCCGUCACGGAGUACAUGAGCCAGAAUGCAAAUUUCCAGAACCCCCGUUGCGAGAAUACCCCGCUCAUUGGCCGGGAGUCCCCACCUCCCUCAUUGUAUUUGGCUGCCAUGGACAGUAGCAGCCAUAUGAGCUGGCAGCUUAAGCCCUCGGACAGUGCACGGACAUACUGGUAACAGCGCCCGCAAAUGGAACAGUACACCUCCAGCAUGAGAGCCAAAUACCUCGCCACCAACCAACCUCGUCCAGAUGCUGGCAGUGUGCAUUAAAACGAAAAAGUGAAAGCAAAAAAAAAAACAAAAACAAAAAACAAAACCCACACGUGCAGUCAGACUAAACAAUGUGCCAACUGCUGUGCCCCUGUGCUGUCCUCGUAGAACAAUCCUGCUGUUCUGCCCAAAAUCUAGUGCAGCUCCUUCUGUUUCUCCAGUCCAGACAACCCUUCCAACCUGGUACCUGCCCACUCAGUGGAAGCUCCUUUUGAAUUUAAGCCUUCAGCUUGUAGUACCUGAUGUGAAGAGAACAAAUGUGUGCAGGCCAGCAGCUGACAGCACCCAGGCAGCUUACCAGAGUAACCUGUGAGAAACAGGUGGUGAAUAGCUUCUGCCCCCUUCUUCCCCCCUUCUGUUCCAAGAGGGACUUGGUGAAGGAUGGUGGUAGAUCUUCUUCACUUCUGCAGUGGGACCAGCAGCCUGUCAGACACUGAAGAAUCAGGGCUGGGUGCCUGUGGCUGGUGUGCAACGAGGGAAUGCUGAGGGAGUGCACAGCACAGCAUCUCGCUGGGAAUCCUCUGGUGCACUGCCUUGGGUGAGGGAGGAGGGAACUCUUUCCUCAUGGUGUCACUGCAUAUCCACUGGAAUUGGUUCUAGAAGAACAAACCAUUUCACUACCCUGGUUAACUUUUUUUUUUUUUAAGUCCAUUAAGAAAAUGCCUUUUUCUUUCCCUCUAUAUCUGUCAUGUGAAUUCUUGAGGAGGAGCAGAGGGGCCCAGCACCAGUCAGUUACCCUGUCCACUGCUCUGGACCUGACCUCUCUGCUCCAUCAGGGAAGCCCAGGUAUUUGCAGAUGGCAUUCUGGGUGCUGCCUUUCCUAGGCUGACACAGAUCAAACAGGAGCCAGCCACUCACUCGGUGCCAAAUUUUUCCAGGGAAAGACUUAAAAGACUUUAUGGGGAGCUAUUUUUGCACUAAAGAGUUUUGGCUCUCUGAUUCUAGAUCUUAUGGGACAGUCAGCUUGCAAAAGCAAGAGAAACUGGAAGCACCAAUGGAUUUAUAGCAAAUGCAAGCCCUCCCCGCAGGAAUGAUCUGUGAACUCUACUGGACUUUCUUUCUUUCCUUUUUUUUAUAAAUCAUAAUCUACAGCACAGGGUUGCUGAAAUGGCAUUGAAGGAGGUUUUUGGAGCCUCAGUCCUAACAAACUCAUAAGAUUGUCAGUGUAUCUUCUGCGUUCUAGAAUCCAAAACCUUCAACAACAUUGUGACCGUCGGAACGGAUUUAUAUUUUAUUCUGUUUUGUUUAGUUUUCAAAGGCACAUUGCUAACCACUAUCUGACCAUACUAAUGCACAUGUAAGGCAUUUUCUAGACGUGAGGCAGAACAAGGCUUGCAAAGGGGCAGCUGGGUGCCUGCAGAGGGCAACAUCCUUCAUUGGUGCUGUACUUCCCACUGAAGAGCAGUGCUCCAAAGGGCACUGACAGCUUCUUCUUGCUGGAAGAGGAGACUGCCUCUUGGGAGGUACUGUCAACUACUGCCCUUUCAGUAGGGUAACUCUGAUGUUCCUUUUUGUCUUUUUACCUCUUAGUAGGGGCAUCUUAGCAGAGCUGCUGAGCAUUAUAUUAAAUUACUGGCAGAGGAAAUUGAGUGGGAAACAUCUCUCAGACUGGAGUGGAGCCGUUGGCAGAGGCAGUUCAUUGUCACCUCAGUGAUGUUCAGACUUGGUGUCUGUUUACCCCACGUUGGCUGUUUGGGGCACAGAAUUACCAACCUGCCUUUACUCAAGUCAGUUGCCUUCUUGCAGUGAGGUGGGAACUGCUCCUGGCAGGCAGCUGAAGAGGGAUCUGCUGGGAAAUGGUACCAGCUCUGUGGCAGAGCAAGCUUUGAGACUCCUCUUAAAAUAGAAACCACUACUAAACUGCAAGGCCAGCUGUUACCAUUCAGAGGAGUGAGAGACAGGGAGGAGGCAUCACCAUACAGACAGGAAGAGAAGGGUUUGGAAUAAACUUCACGCUUCGCCAUAAAUCUCUGGAAGCAGGAUGUUCUUGCUCAGGACUGAGUAUGCCCUUUCAGACAUGUUGGAUGGGCUUCACACUGAAACAUACCUCUGUUUUAUCAAAUAACAAGGGCAGGGAAACUUGGUCACAGGUGGUAUGGAGGGACUCACGUGCCCCAGGGUUUCCAUCCUGUCUUAGAGCCUGCCAGGAGAUGUGGGUGUGCAGGGUGUGCUGUGGUGAUCUUGCAGGGCCCCAAGCACCCAACUGCUCUCUGGGGAGGAACCCCAACCUUUCCCUCACUUUGAAGAAAGAAUCAAGAGCCAUAUAAUCCUUAUUAAGACUAAGUUGUUCUGCCAUCAUCCCUCCUUGCGGGGAUGUGCUCCGAUUGCUACUCACAUUAUCAGUUUUAGGGGAGCUGCCCUGAAAUCUGUGGCCCAAUCCUACCGGUGGAAGGCAAGUGUUUUGGAGGCUGUGGGGAACCCUGUGAAAACAACCAACUUCUUCAUGCACAGAAUGCACCCUGACUGCACUUUGGGCUGGGUCUGAAUUGUCCCCGUGGCAUUGUCUGUGCCACACAACAACGGGAGUGAGCCAAUGCCUCUGUCUGCAGCAUCUAACGGAGCAGCCACCUUGACCUGCUUCCUUCCAAGGUCUGGCAUUGCCACUUCCAACACCCAGAACAACUUCUGACAGUGUUUGGGGCUCACAGCAGGGCACAGCUGUGGAGAUACGUGCUCUGUGACUUCAACAUAUAACUGGAAAGAAUGUUAUGGAGAUAACAUUUUGCUCUCUGGAGGCCAGCACAACGUGACUGCGGUGUGAGCGGUGUACCUGUGUCCAGCCAGCACUUCCUUUACUUGACAUGGAUAUUGCACUUUUGUAAAGCAUCCUGGAACUCUGCUGCCCCGCUGCAUGCUGUGCAGAGCGCUGGAUAGGAAACACAGAUAAAUGGGUUUCUUUUGGUUUAUUAUUAUUAUUACUACUACUUCUUUUUUUUUUUUUUUUUUUAUUUUAUUUUACUGGAACCUUGAGCAAGAGUGUGGCAUUUCUGCAGGCUGGUCUGAAUGGAUCUGCUGAAGAACAGAUGGCCUUUGCCUAUUCUUAUGGCUGCGACAUAAUCAGUCUCAUCCAUAUGGUCACAUUUUGUCUGAGGAGGGGACUUUGAAAAGCCAAGAUCUCCCAGACUCUGUGCCUCCCUCUCGGGUGAACAGCAGGUGCUAUCUGGCAAAGACUCAUCUGUUCUGGAUGGCAUUCAUGGUUGAGGGAGUCCAAACUCUUCAAGCUGCAGGAGGUAAAGCUGUAGAGACUUCUCUCUCUUCCAUCGUGUCUCUCUGUUUUUAAUGUGACAAAAUGCCAAGGCCAUAUCUCUUGGUGUGUCCCAGCUGACCUUAUCGGACAUUUCUCGUGUUACUGGUUGCUAGAAAAAGGGUCCAGAAGUCAGGGGAGCUGAGAUUGGCCUCUGGACACCUCACUGGCUGCAGAGUGGACAGCAGCUUGUCCGGUUGAAGGUGACUGCAUCGGUGAAGACACUUCAUGUUACUUUUUCAGAAGCACAAAUGUGGUCAUUGGCUUGUCUGGUUGGCUUGGUUUAUUUCCACUGCAUCAUCAUGUGUGAAUGACACUUUCUUUUGGAACUGAGAACUCUUCCAAGCACACAAACAUCUCCACAAUGUGAAAUGUAAAUAGCAUGUUGGACUCUUGUGUCCAGUGUUCAAGACUGCAUUGUAAUUGUAAAGGAAAUCAAAUCAAGACUUGGCUGUGAAUUUCUUGUGCUGUCUUGGGAAUUAUAACUGUAGUGUUUGUAUCCUGUAUGUAUUAUUAAACUGAGUUCAUUUUGUGUGCUGAUAAAAGGGUUCAAGCUAAGAUUUUUAGCGUGCAUCCAUGUAUCCAAAUGUGAAGGAUGGAGUGCUCCCUUCCCCUCCUGUCCUUUUUAAGUUUUCUCCAUUUGAUAGGUGUUGAUUUUCCGUGUACAGUCAUCUCAGCCAAGACGCAAGGGAUGUUCAUUUGAGUGCUUUGAGGGGGACACAGUGCAUGGGGUUUUGAGUGAUCCUAAGUCAGGAAUGCCAUAGCAGUUCCCUGAAACUACAUGAAAAGCUUGGCCUUUCUGAGAGUUAAAGCAUUUCUCAGGGAGCUGCUCAGCCAUUGCUCACGAGAGCUUUGGUGCUGCAGGGUGGUGGGACAGGAGUGGGUGGGUGCCCCCGGAGCAAGGUCCAGGUACCUGCGGGAGCAAACCCGGGCUUCACUUCUGCUGCCCCCUUCUCUUCCUCCCAGCAGCCACUGAAAUACCAUUCUGAGCCCUUUGAAGAAGAGAGAAGUGUCUUGGCUUGUUGAUCCCUGCCACCCUCCUGAUUCCAGGGGAGCUGGGGUGGAUGGGUUUCCCCUUAGCUCGGGAGAGGAGCUGUGUUUGAAGCACUUCCUACCUGGGGUCCAAGGAGAAGCCAGGAUCUUCCCCAGCUCAGUGUGUCAGUGCCACUCAGUGAACAUCUCUGGGUGUGAGGGGAAAAGCCCUCUGGGGAGGUACUGAGGAGCAGAUCUCAUGCCUUGAGACAGAGACCUGGCAAGGCUUGGUCUGAACCUCCUUUCAUCACAGCCUGCUUCCCUGUUCCAGAAAUUGUGUGCAUGCUAUGGAUGGCUUCCCUUGGCAGUCCAGGAGGCCCAGCAGAAGCGUGGGAUGUUUUGGUAGCAGUUCCUAGAUGGCUGACACGUGGUUUGUGCUUUCAGGGGGGUGUGGGAUCUCUGGCAAGCUGUGAUGGUGAGCGUGCUGCCCAGCUGGGAGAUUAGGGAUGGGUUACUGGUGGCCUGGAGCUCCCGGGUGCUCACCCAGCCCCUGUGGCUGCAUGAACAAAGUGGAACAUAAAUUGAUGUACAACCAGAAAGUUCAAAAUACUCCUUUCCUAAAGAGGAUAACUGUAGCAUGAAGCUCUUAGGUGCUCUGCAUAUUUGAUACCACAUUGCUCCUCACUAUGCAAUUCCCAACUCCUUCCUUCCUGUUCCUCCUCUAAUCUCACACCAAGACUUCUCCAGUGGCCUCUGCCCAGGAGGCUGCUGAAAGUCCCAGAAAAGCCUCAUUUCUUCCAUUGUUCUCUGCACUGGGUGCAGCUGCCCAGCCGUCACGUCGCGUGCCUCAGGUCCCUUGGUCACGGGAGGCCCCAUGAGUUUUAUUCACAUCAUUCAGAGGGAAGUUUAUUUUCUUGGACACUGUGCACAGAAACCUAAUGGUGAACAUGUACCUGGCCUUUUUGUAACUUUUCUGUUUUGUUUGUUUUUUGGUUUUUUUUUUUUCUUCUUAACCAUAAUGGUUGUAUAUCAUACCACUUUAUAUACAUAUAUAAUAUAUAAAUAUAUAUAAUUUUUUUUUAAACUUUGGACCUGCUAGUUUCUUUCAAGUGUUCCUGCACUUACCCAAAAUGUUUUUAAAUUGUGAGGAUUAAAGAGGAUUGAGCCCAUUUUUGUAUCUUUACUUUUAAUUCUGUAGUUCUAUUGAUUGUAACGUAGCUAUUUUUUACUGUAACUUUUUGGUUUGCAAAUACUAAACAAAAAAACCUAAAUGUAAUUUCUGUGGUUUCUAUUCAGCUUGGGUUUCAUGUUUUAAAAAUAAACGAUUUAAAACCA